GCUGGCUGGGCGCAGGCAGCCGCCAACAGUCGGCGCCGCCCGGAGCGGGGAGCGCCGCCGGAGCGAGGCGCGGGCUGUGGGGCCGCCGCAUGUCCGGCCCCGCUCGCCCGUGCCCGCCCGCCAUGCCCGGCUUCGACUACAAGUUCCUGGAAAAGCCCAAGCGGCGGCUGCUGUGCCCGCUGUGCGGGAAGCCCAUGCGUGAGCCUGUGCAGGUCUCUACCUGCGGCCACCGCUUCUGCGACACCUGCCUGCAGGAGUUCCUCAGUGAAGGAGUCUUCAAAUGCCCUGAGGACCAACUUCCUCUGGACUAUGCCAAGAUCUACCCAGACCCAGAGCUGGAGGUACAGGUAUUGGGCCUGCCUAUCCGUUGCAUCCACAGUGAGGAGGGCUGCCGCUGGAGUGGGCCACUUCGUCACCUACAGGGUCACCUGAAUACUUGCAGCUUCAAUGUUAUCCCCUGCCCCAAUCGCUGCCCCACCAAGCUGAGCCGCCGGGACCUGCCUGCACACUUGCAGCACGACUGCCCCAAGCGGCGCCUCAAGUGCGAGUUUUGUGGCUGUGACUUCAGUGGGGAGGCCUUUGAGGGCCAUGAGGGCGUGUGCCCCCAAGAGAGUGUGUACUGUGAGAACAAGUGUGGUGCCCGCAUGAUGCGGCGGCUGCUGGCUCAGCAUGCCACCUCUGAGUGCCCGAAGCGCACCCAGCCUUGCACCUACUGCACCAAGGAAUUCGUCUUUGACACCAUCCAGAGCCACCAGUACCAGUGCCCAAGGCUGCCUGUGUCCUGCCCCAACCAGUGUGGCGCGGGCACCGUGGCUCGAGAGGACCUGCCGGGCCAUCUGAAGGACAGCUGUAGCACUGCCCUAGUGCUGUGUCCAUUCAAAGACUCCGGCUGCAAGCACAGGUGCCCUAAGCUGGCAAUGGCACGGCAUGUGGAGGAGAGUGUGAAGCCCCAUCUGGCCAUGAUGUGUGCCCUGGUGAGCCGGCAGCGGCAGGAGCUGCAGGAGCUGCGGCGAGAGCUGGAGGAGCUGUCAGUGGGCAGUGAUGGCGUGCUCAUCUGGAAGAUUGGCAGCUAUGGGCGACGCCUACAGGAGGCCAAAGCCAAGCCCAACCUCGAGUGCUUCAGCCCAGCUUUCUACACACAUAAGUAUGGUUACAAGCUGCAGGUGUCUGCAUUUCUCAAUGGCAAUGGCAGUGGUGAGGGCACACAUCUCUCGCUCUACAUUCGUGUGCUGCCAGGUGCCUUUGACAAUCUCCUUGAGUGGCCCUUUGCCCGUCGCGUCACCUUCUCCCUGCUGGAUCAGAGCGACCCUGGGCUGGCUAAGCCACAGCAUGUCACUGAGACCUUUCACCCCGACCCAAACUGGAAGAAUUUCCAAAAACCAGGCACUUGGCGGGGCUCCCUGGAUGAGAGUUCCCUGGGCUUUGGUUACCCCAAGUUCAUCUCCCACCAGGAUAUCCGCAAGCGAAACUAUGUGCGGGAUGAUGCAGUCUUCAUCCGAGCCUCUGUUGAAUUGCCCCGAAAAAUCCUCAGCUGAGCGCAGAUGGGGCUCCAGAAGCAGCGGGGGUGGAACAUGACCUCUGUCAGGCACUGGCUGAACCUGGAGAGGGGGCCGGACCCCCUAUCAGCUGUCCUGCAGCCUAGGUUCUGUUACCCCAUUCCCCCUCCCCCCUUCCCUGCCACCCUCAGGUGCCUCCUAUUGGUGCUUCAGCCUUGGCCCCUGUGCGAGCAGGUCUUGUGGUCAUCAAGGGCUUGGAAACAGGUGAUCCCAGGACCUGUCUCCUCUCCAGGGCAGGGCAGACAUGCCUUGGUGCCGGCCACGCGACCCGGACUGAGGUGCCUGCUGGUGCUAUGUCCCAAGAGCCAUAGGGGGGAGGGAGAGUUGGGUAAAGAAUCUGCCUUGAGAUCUGAUUUCUCUUUCCCCAGCUGUGCCCCCCUCUGGUUAUUUAUUUACUUAGUGCCAGGAGGGCACAGCAGGGGAGUCCUGGUUUUUAAUAAAUCCUGAAUUGUAUUUAUUAA